CUCAAAAUUCUGUUGACGCUGGUAAAUUUCAGAAAAUCAACAAGUGCAAUGGCUUCUUCAAAAAAUUUAACGCAGCAAAAAUUGAAGGUUCAGGGGAAAGGCUAUAAAGAUAAAUGCUAUGAGCAAAUAAGGAAGACUGUAGAAGGACGGUUUAACAAGCUUCUAAAUGAGCUUGUGUUUGAGGACCUGAAAGCAGCUUUAGAGGAAGCACGAGCAAUUGGGGAAGAGCUUGGAGAUGUCUAUGACUAUGUAGCUCCCUGCUUUCCUCCAAGAUACGAGAUAUUCCAGCUAAUGGUAAAUCUGUACACUGAGAGGUUUAUUCAGAUGCUAAGAUUGCUUAGCGACAGGGCGAAUGAAUUAACAAACAUUGAGAUAUUAAAGGUAACUGGAUGGGUGGUUGAAUACAAAGAUAAUCUGAUUGGGCUUGGAGUCGAUGAGUCUCUAGCCCAAGUGUGUUCUGAGAGUGGUGCAAUGGAUCCUCUUAUGAAUUCUUAUGUUGAGAGAAUGCAAGCUACGACUAGGAAAUGGUACUUGAAUAUUUUGGAGGCUGAUAGAACACAGCCCCCUAAGAAAACUGAAGAUGGGAAGCUAUAUACCCCAGCUGCUGUUGAUCUCUUCAGGAUACUUGGUGAGCAAGUACAAAUUGUUCGGGAUAAUAGCACUGAUCUCAUGUUAUACAGAAUUGCCUUGGCAAUCAUUCAGGUGUUCUGUCACUCUUCUUUUGGUGGCCAAGAAACACAAUUGCUCUCUCAAUAAACCCUCACAUGAUAUCCAUAUCGCGACCCAGAAACUGAUGAUAACUAGACCCACAGAUCGAGAGAAAGAGGAC